GAAGUGCCCCGUGCAGGUUCGCGUUGCCAGGAGAGCAGUGCGCGAGACGAGAAGCGCGUUAGAGGCUGCCGCAGAGAGCUCGAUACAGCUGUGUUGUGUUUGUUUUUUUCUCUCUCUCUCCUCUCCGGAAACCGAUAUAAUCACACAUUUCCAAAGGACUUUUCAUGCUUUUGCGACAACAAGGACAUUAUACAGGGUGGUCGAGGUAUGACACUGACCAGGGGCUCCUUCACUUACUCAACUGGAGAAGAGUACAGUGGUGAAUGGAAGGAAGGAAGGAGACAUGGAGUAGGGCAACUGAAGUUCUCUGAUGGCACUUGUUAUAGGGGUCAUUUUGAGAAUGGUCUGUUCCAUGGCUCUGGGGUCUUAAUGUUCCCUGAUGGAUCCAGGUAUGAAGGUGAAUUUGCCCAAGGAAAAUUCCAGGGUGUUGGAGUUUUUAGCCGAUUUGAUGGUAUGAAGUUUGAAGGAGAAUUUAAAAAUGGCCGUGUGGAAGGACAUGGCUUACUGACAUUUCCGGACGGUUCCCAUGGUAUUCCACGGAAUGAAGGGGUCUUUUCUGACAACAAGCUGCUGAAGCGGGAGAAGAGCCAGGCGGUGGUGCAGAGGGCCCGGAGCUCAGCCUGCACUGCACGCAGUCUCUCUGUAUGAUCAACACACUAAUGAUCUGAUAAUCACCAUGCUGCUGCUCUCAGAUCAGCUUCCCAAACUCCACUCCUACUGCAGAGGCAAACAUCGAGAGUAAAACUGAUUCAGGAUCUGCACAUAGAGCUCUUUUUCAUGUGGGCGUUGCAGCAGACCCUCAGGAAUGGAUAACAGGGUUUCCUUUCCCUCUGUCUCACUUUCUCAGUGCCGGUCUGCGUCUGAUGCCUCUAGCUUAGAAUAUAUAUAAAAACUGGGCAAGUUUAUUAUAAUGCAUCAGUUUGAACUAUUUCAUCUUAGAUAAUGGAGAAACCAAAGUCACCAUCAACAACAUGGGGCUACUGAGUGUUGGAAAUGAGGAGUCUGUGUGUAACAGUGAGUUUAUUUGCCUUUGUGAGACUGUGAUUGUGCACCUUCUUUAUUAUUUAUCUAUUUAUUUAACAUGUUUAUUUAAAUGUUAUUUCAAGCAUUUGUUUAUUUAGGUAGAAACAAUCUCACGCAAAUAUAAAUUCACUUAAACUUAUACAAAAAUGUAAUAUCUGGAGUUGUAUAUACCUCAUAAAAAAGACACUGGAUAUCCAGUAUUGAUGUUCGAGAUAAUGAUAAGCCUGUACACGCGGGGGACAUAUUUUGAGUACAAAGCCAAUGAUGUGCUUUUAAUUGAAAUCAGGCAGUAUAGACAAUGAAGAGUGCCACACAGGUGAUCCUCCUGCCUGUGUGCAUUUUGACCAGUGUGUUUCAUUUAUCUUCAUGCACUUUGUGUAAUGUUUUCUGAUACAUGUAAGGUCAGAAAUGUGAAGUCAGGCUAGAAUGACUGUAAUUAUGGUACCUGCACUGUAAAAGCAUGUAUUUGAUCAUUUUUAUUUAUAAUGGUUAUGAGGAGGACCGGAAAGGUUGCCUUUUUAUCUUCACCAUAAUAGCAUUCAUCCCGUCUUCUAAGAACCAACAUAAUCAUGGGUGUGGCUGUAGUCCAUUGAUCCUUAUGUCAGUGGUGUAUUUUGCUUGUCACUCAGUUUGUGUAAUGAUUCUAUUUUUAUCAUCCACAUAAUGACUGCCGGAUAUUGAGAAAACAGAUCUGAAACCCGGAGUUAGGCGGAUUUUUAAACAGUGAUGAACAUAAUGUCCUCGACCUUAGGGGAAAUUACACCUAUUCAUAACACUGACAAGGUAUUAGUGUUGUUAAGGCUUUACACUGAUAUUGUAGAUGCCUAAAUAUUGACUAUACAGCUGAAAAAAAUAUAAUAACUGGUUCACAACACAAUUAUAAAUGAUGCAUUUUUUGCUUUUUGUUUGAUUAGCUAAUUGUAGUUACACUGUUUCACCAUGUGCAAUGUCUAAAAGGAGCUGUACUCAUUAAUUUAUCUAUUUUCUGAUACCAAAAUGUGUACUAACUUCAGUAUUUACUUGAAAAGUUUGGAAAGAGUGAAAAUGCGGAAAAUCUGUUUUUCUUUCAGGAAAAAAAUAUAACAGGAAUUAAAAAAUGAUGA